CGCCGGGAACCUUAACGGUGGCGUUGAUGAUUUUGAUUGGCGAGACGGAGGAGAAAGCGUCACCCACCUCCCAUAUCUCUACAACAAAACAAACACAAACAAUCUCAAAUCAACAAUCUUCAACCACAAGCCAAUUCCAAUCAACCCUUUAUAUAUUACCCUUUUGUCUCUUUUGAUUCUGAAUUCGUUUUUGGGUUGUUGCGAUUCGGAAUGAGUUUCUCACCCAACCCACUCUCCCUCAGCGUUCCAGACGCCGCCUUCGAUUCAUGGCUUCGCGAUUCCGGUUACCUUGAAAUUCUCGAUCAGCGGACCUCUGACCUCCACCGCCAUUCUUCUGCCCCCGCAGCCGCUGCCCCCACCAGACCCACCCCUGCCGCUGCAGCUCCUUUAGCCACAGGUUUCUUCAUCUCCCUCUUCUCUCGCAUGGGGACCCUUCUCUCCAUUUUUACCCUAAACCCCUUUGCCAAGCUCUCUGCUGCUGAUUUUUCUGGGCCGACCCCUUCCUGGACUUCUGGGUUUGUUGGGUUUUUUGAGUCCUACUCGUUUCCUUCGUCGCCGGCUCAAGCUCGUCUUAGAGUCCACGAGAACGCCAAACGAUAUGCUCGCAAUUACGCCUCCCUAUUUGUUCUCUUCUUUGUCUGCACGCUGUACCAGAUGCCUCUUGCCCUCCUUGGAUUGAUAUCUUGUUUAGCACUUUGGGACGUUGUUAAAUUUUGUGGUGAUAGGUGGGGAUUAGAUAAAUAUCCAGUUCUUUGGCAGUGUUUGGUUCGCAUUGCUCAAUGUGUGACUGUCAUCAUCCUUUUAUUUUGCAACUUUCAAAUGGCAAUCUUCUGUGCCCUUGGCAUUGGAUAUACAGGCAUGAUUUUGCAUGCGGCAUUUCGGAAGCUGACUCUCACCAAGCCCCCAGCUGCAGUAAGUCGGAAAUAGCCAGUUACAGGCAACGAUAUUCGUCCUCCUAUAUUGCAAGUUAUGUUCGACCAAGCUUACCGCAAAAGGUACCGAAAUCUGAUUCUGUGAUGAGACGAAAAGUGUUGGUAAUGCUGAUUGCUAUACCUUUGCAUACCUCUUGCUUGAAACUUGAAAGCAUGACUGAUGUCCCUCAGAGGCCACUGUGCCUUGCUUGAAAAAUCAUAUAAUGGCAUGGGGCUCUCUGACCGUCGGAUUACCCGUUUCAUGGUUUCAUCUUCCUUUGUUAGAGGCUAGAACCAAGUAACAAGUCAAGCUCAAAUCAUGUGUAAUUUGUUUGUUUUGUUGGUUAUUGCAUCAAGUAUGGUUAGUUUGUAGGUUAUACUAUUAUUACAUGAUAUUUAGUUCCAGCUUAUGACUUGUACCACAAAUAUAGCAUUUUGUACUCGCAUUUUCUAUUAAUGAGAGUUCAUCAGAUUUCAGAUGAA